UUCAAAUUUAACCGCCUGCGUAGAACAAUUUGCGCACAAUAAACGAAGAAGUUUUCUAUUUUACUUUAUUGCUGUUCCCUUAUUGGUCGCCAAUUCAACAUUACCGUCAUCUGCCGAAUUAAUUUUACAAACUAAUUAACUCCGAAAGAGAGUUUGAUCUAAGUGUGUAUUAAUAUUAAAUAAAACUAGUAUAUAUAUCUCAUUUUAAAAUCAUACUUUUUAACUUAUAAUACAUAUAUUUUCACAUGUUACUUUGUUAUCACGUAUUAUUAUAAAUAAAUUCAGAAUAAUAUUUUCCAAUGGAGAACGUAGCCGAUACGAAAGAAAAUUUGGCACAAUCAAUACGACUUUUGAAUCAAGAAAGUACGCAAAGAAAAUCAUUUUUAAGAUUAAGUACUAAAAGUACUACACCAAAGAGAAUAUCUUUGCAACAAAGUGCUCAUUCUCGCAAAGAUGCCGAAGAUACACUCAAUCAACUCAAUGAUACACAAAGCCCAAGAAUAUCUUCCAGAAGUUAUGUUAAUACAAAGAUGAUGAAGGGUCAUAAUUAUUCUGAUAUAGAUAUAUCUUUGACUGUAGCACCUCAUGAAUUACGUGAUAUAAUGGCAUGUUCAGAAAAGAAUGAUAUGACCAUGCGAGAAAUCAUGGAAGAUAGUAGUGUAACAGGAAUUAUUUUGAAAGCCAACGAACCAUGGCGGGAAGUUAAUACUAAAUUGUAUUAUGAUUUCUUACAAUGCAUACAAGCACAUCUUUCUGAACUACAAGUGUUCGAUACUAUUGCUGAUUUUAUACAAAGUUGUACUGAUACUUUGGAAAUAAUGAGAGGUAUGCAAGCUAAGGUCGAAAAUACAGCCUUAUCUAUGGAAGAAAUAUCAUUAGAAAAUGAAAGAAACACAUGGAGACUCAUAUAUUGUCUUUAUCAAAAUAGGGUAAACGCAUCAAAUUUUGAUACUAUGAUAGAAGAUAAUUCCAAUGUAACUUAUAUAUCAGAGAAAAAUGUAAUAGAACAUUUAUAUAAAACUGAAAGACAAGUAAGAGAAUAUCAAUUGAUUAUAGAUUGGUUAGAAAAAAAUGCAUUAGAUCAAGCUAAUAGAUCGCCAAGUAUAGAAUGUUUUACCGAUAAAACUGUUGCUUGGGAAAAUACAUUGUAUCAGUUGCAAAAUAAGAAUAUGGGAAUGGCUUUUGGAUCUUCCAGGCCAUUAAUAACUUCUAUGGAUCCUGAUGCUCCUAUAAGAGAAGGCAAACCUAUUCAUGAUUUAGAUAAGGAAGAUGACAUUAGACUUGAAAAAAGAAUGUUUAUAGAAGUACGUUGUGGUUGUCUUCAAAAAGCGCAAGCUUUAUCAAUUCAUUGUGGUCAACCGUGGAGAGCUGCAUGUUUAUUAGGAUGGGUACCUCAUCACGAUCCAAAUUAUAGUAAUCCUCUGACAGAUACUAAAUUACCAAUUAUAGGUAAUCCUAAUAGAGAUCUUUGGAAACAAUGUGCUUGGGAACUUUCGCAGGAUAAGCGUGUAGGUCAGUUUUAUCGUGCUAUUUAUGCCAGUCUUUGUGGAAAUGUUCAACAAUUAUUACAAGUAGCUAUGUCUUGGCAAGAUGCAUUGUGGGCUUAUAUGAAAGGUCUCUUGGAUGUUAAAGUUGAAGCAGAAUUAAGAGAUACAAUGCCAAAAAAUCAUGCACCAAUGCCCGAAGAAUAUUGGAAGAAUAAUAUUUCGUUAGAGGAAAUAUUUAAGGAACUUCAUGCAUCCAAAAAUGAAUUGAUACGCACUCAAGCUAAUACACCGGAUCAUCUUAUACAAAAGUAUUUAAUAUUAGAUCAAAUUCCAAAGUUAAUGGAAGAAAUAGAAACAAUGAUUGAUCUAGGAACUUGUGAUCCUCAGUUUUUAAGAUUCUUAGCGCAUUUAAUUCUAUUUUUACGACAAACUGGAAAAAAUAUGAAAGAUAAAAUAGGAGAUAAAGUAUUACAGGCGUAUGUUAGAGUUCUUAUCAAAAUAGGCGAUCCAAUCUUGAUUGCAUUUUAUACAGCUACCUUACCACAGGAAGAUCAAAUAUCAAAUUAUGCCUCGUAUUUAGAAAAUAUUACCAAUUUCGAACAACGUAAGAGAUGUUUGACUGCUGCCGAAGAUGCUAAUUUGAAUGUUGAAGCUAUUACAAAGACAGUUGUUGAAAGUAUACGUCAAAAGAAUACAGAGGUUAAAUCUGAGGAUUUAAAGGGUGCUCUCACAGAUGCCGAUUCGGAAAAAAUCAAUGCUUUGGAUUGGAUUAUUUUUUAUCGGAACCAGCGAGAGGAAGCAUUGUGGCAAACUAAUGCACUAAUAAGAUAUUUUCUUACCAACGACAAAAUCGAUGCUGCUCGCAAAGCUUUUAAUAAAAUCCCACCAGAUUCUAUUGAAUCAGUUAUGUCCGAUUAUUCAACUAUGGAAAAUACACUCGUAAACCUUACAAUGACUGAUAAUUUAUCAAAAAAAGCAUCAAGUACUAUUAGAGAAUUUCUUUGUUAUAAAACAUAUCUUGACGCACAGGAAGGCUUUUCGGAAUGGUUUCAUCACUUCCAUCAUGGUAAACCAACUCCAUUGGAAGAUUUAUCAGUGUAUGCAACAUUCACUGAAAAAGUUGCUUAUGAUCAUAAGAAGGCGCAAUAUAAUACUGAAUUAGAUAGAUGGAAAUGUACUAUGCAACAUCAUACCAAAGCAGUCAAGCAGCUUUUAUUUAACGUUCUUUUAUUUCCUGAUGGUGGUUGGCUCGUCGAUACCAACAAUAAUUCACACGAAGUUGACGAUAAUGAAUCAAAUGAAUCAUCAAUACAGGAAGAAGAAGUAUUAAGGGAAUAUCAAUUAAAAAAAUUACGCAAAUUAUGCAUUCCCAAAAUUGCAUUAUUGUUACAUACUGUCAUGUCUGAAAUGAAUGAACAUGCCGGUUGUAUACAAUUAGCCGAUAUCCUUGCGUGCGAGCAAUAUCAAUUGUUUGAAGUAUUCCCUAAAGGACGACUUCGUGAAAUAUUUAAAAAAAUUUGCGAAUCCUCCCUCAUUCUGAUGGAUCAGAAAAAGGAUCCAUGGGGAUAUCCAAAGUAAAGUAGCUGUAAAAUAUUUUUAUUGUAAUUUGUUCUAAUAUACAAAUCUUUUUAUAAAAUCAGUUUAUUGUCAACCACAAGAAGUGAAUAUAAAAUUUGAUACAAUGUUCAAUAAUUUAUAUUAAACAAUUAAUACAUUUUUUACCAAAUAAGUAUUUAUUUUUAGAUGUUUGUUUUAUGUAGUUGCAAAUAAAUGCAGUGUAAUACGUCGGAGAUGUCUAGUAGAUUCAUGGAGAAUAAUAUAUGAUAGGAAUGACGAAUAAAUCGAUCGUGAUUAAUCGAUCGUGAUCAAUCGAUCGUGAUCAAUCGAUCGUGAAGCGAUUUUGGCCGAUCAUAGCUGACAGGAGACGAUUUUGAAACGCGAACGUAACUUAUUGUUAGUCGCUUUUAUGGAACAAACGGUCGUGGUUUAUGUUUUACAUGUGUUAAGUAUUGUGUUAAGAUUAUUAGGUUAAUUCCGACAUAUUUUUAAGAAAAAUAGUCGAUUAUAUAUAUUUUUGAUGAAGUUGGCCUCUGAUAUAUGGAGUUUUAAGUGUAAAGAAACUUGGUGGAGAAGUUAUUAAGAAGGGACAAUAACAAGUAAGAACAACUAAUAUCUUUGUUUUAAAUUUUUCUUCUUUCUCUUCUUUCUUUCUUUUUUCUUUUUUUUUAAUAUCACUAAUUUCAUAAAUUGCAAUUGCCCAUAAUUCUGUUGUCUUCGAAAACAAUCUGUAUUUUUCUAUUUGCAUUCUUAGCGUCAAUCAGGACCAUCCUUAUUCUUGUAAAAUAUUUGAAUAAUUAUAAUAAUGGUAGCAUAACUAUAGUUACAUGCUAUUGUUGUAAUAGUUAUCAUGAAUAUAUGUUGUACUAUUUAAUAAACGUGCAGAACA